GAGGUGCUAGUAAGAGUGGCAGUGAUUGGUUGAUCGUGGUUGUCUGCUCCUAGGCGGGAGCUCCUGGAAGCGGAGGCAGCGGGAGGGGACCUUGUGGAGUAGAGGGGUAACAAGAUGGCGGCGGAGACGGUAGAGCUGCAUAAACUGAAGCUUGCUGAACUAAAGCAGGAGUGUCUUGCUCGUGGUUUGGAGACUAAGGGAAUAAAACAAGAUCUCAUCAACAGGCUCCAGGCCUACCUUGAAGAGCAUGCUGAAGAGGAGGCAAAUGAAGAAGAUGUACUGGGAGAUGAAACAGAGGAAGAAGAACCAAAGCCCAUAGAACUGCCUGUCAAAGAGGAAGAACCCCCUGAAAAAACUGUUGAUGUGGCGUCAGAAAAGAAAGUGGUAAAAAUUACAUCUGAAAUACCACAGACUGAGAGAAUGCAGAAGAGAGCUGAACGAUUCAAUGUACCUGUGAGUUUGGAGAGUAAGAAAGCUGCCCGGGCAGCUAGAUUUGGGAUUUCUUCAGUUCCAUCAAAAGGCCUGUCAUCUGACACCAAGCCUAUGGUUAACCUGGACAAGCUAAAGGAAAGAGCUCAAAGAUUCGGUUUGAAUGUCUCUUCAAUCUCCAGAAAGUCUGAAGAUGAUGAGAAACUGAAAAAGAGGAAGGAACGAUUUGGAAUUGUCACAAGUUCAGCUGGAACAGGAACCACAGAGGAUACAGAGGCAAAGAAGAGGAAAAGAGCAGAGCGCUUUGGGAUUGCCUGAUGAGAAGCUCAGUGUUUUCUGUUCUCCAGUGGUUUCCAUUUCUCUGAUUCUUAUUGGUCAUAUAUAUACCUAAAUACAGUUUUGUGCCUAGGUCCUGCCUCUCUUUAAGAGAGCAUGUACCCCAGGUACACCGGUGAACUACAGUAGCAGUUUGACUUCUUACUGUUCCAACUUUAAGAUUGUUGUUGUGUUGUUGUUUUUAAUUAUUUUGCUUGUUAAUAAAAAAUAGAAAAGAGAA